AUGUUAUCACCAAUUACAUUUAUGAAAGCUGGAUUCUCUAAUGACGAGUUCGGUAAUAUAGGAAGUUUCAGGCGUCAAAUGCAUAUACACCCUGAGCACAGUGACAAAAUUCCGAGCUCCAUUUUAUUACAAUUCGACCAAACGAAAUAUCGUAUAUUCUUAUCUGACGAUACCGUGACUUGUUAUUUAUGUAAACAAACAGGUCAUACUUCGAAUCACUGUAAAAAUGCAAUAGAUAAUAAAUCCGAACCGAUUCGAUUUAAUAACCCAAACACCACUCCGGUUAAAAAUGUCAUGGAUCUUAAUGAACAGAAUACUCGAAAAACAGACAGCGCCCACUCUAACACAGAUAUAUCUAUCAAAAAAAAUCUUAAGGUAACAAUUACCAACACACCCACCACACAGGAACCAGUCGAUCGAGAAAGAAGACCCGCUUCAUUUACCUUCAGCCAGUGGCGGUUCUAG